AUGACACAUGAAUGUGAAGUGAACGUCUUGAAAGGGGAAGCCGAGACCUUGUUUUCUCUGGGGCAUUGUUACUUUUGUCAAUCCAAGUAUGUUGAUGCCACAUCAUUAGUGGAGGAGUGCUUGUUAAUACGACAAAAACAUUUUCCAGCUAAUGUGCAGGUGGCAUCGACUAUGAGGCUGCUUGGUGACUGUUUUAUGAGACAAAACAAACUGUCUGAUGCAGAAAGAUUAUUGAGACAUUCACUUGAGAUCAUGAAAUCUGCUCACACAAAAGAUCAUCGUGAUCUUGCACAUGUUCAGUUCACACUUUCUCAGUGUCUGUCCCAACAAGAUAAACUAAGUGAAUCAAUCAAGCUGAUGACCGACUGUGUCAGGAUGUAUAAAUCAAGUCUCCAUCAUGAACAUCCUGAUGUGGCUAAAGCUGUUGGUCAACUGGGGGAGUAUUUACUGGAAGUAGGAAACUUGGAUGAGAGCGAACAAUACUUGAGAGAAUGUCUGGACAUACACAGACAUUCAAUUCAAGAGCAACAUCCUCAUACAGCAUUUCCAUUGAAAUGUUUGGGAAAAUGUCUGCUGAAGAAAGGGAACAACAAAGAAGCAGAGAAACUUCUCUCUGAAGCUGUCGCCAUUGAAGCAGUUGGUCUCCAUCAAAAUCAUCCUGACAAAAUCUCCACAUUGAUUUUAUGGUCAGAAUGUUUGCUAAAUAUUACUGACUACACAUGUGCCCAGCCUGCUCUAGUCGAUGCUCUUCGAAUCAUCAAUAUUAACCAGCAGCCGAGCAACAGCAGGCAGAGAUCUAAAGUAAUGCGUCUACUAAGGAGACUGAGCCCAUUCCAACGGCCACAAUCUGGCGAGACAAUUAUUGGUGAAAGGAAAGCAGUAGUGGAACAGACAGAUGAGAGAGGAAAUAGACUGGAGAGAAAGUCAUCGAUUGAGGAUGAGGUAGAGAAUGAUAGGUGA